CUCUGCGAGCCCGGCCGGGCCGAGCUGAGCCGCCCGCAGACAUGUCCAAGCCGCCUCCGAAACCGGCCAAGCCAGGGCAGGUUAAAGUGUUCAGAGCCYUGUAUACGUUUGAGCCCAGAACGCCAGAUGAACUGUACUUUGAAGAAGGAGAUAUCAUUUACAUCACAGACAUGAGUGAUACAAAUUGGUGGAAAGGAACUUGCAAAGGGAGAACUGGACUCAUUCCAAGCAACUAUGUGGCAGAACAAGCUGAGUCUAUUGAUAACCCAUUGCAUGAAGCUGCCAAACGAGGCAACCUAAGCUGGUUGAGAGAGUGUUUGGAUAACCGAGUUGGGGUCAAUGGCUUAGACAAAGCCGGAAACACAGCUCUGUACUGGGCAUGCCACGGAGGGCAUAAAGAUAUAGUGGAUGUCCUGUUCACCCAGCCAAGCCUAGAGCUGAACCAGCAGAACAAAUUGGGAGACACAGCUUUGCAUGCAGCUGCAUGGAAGGGUUAUGCUGAUAUUGUAGAGGUGCUGCUGGCAAAGGGGGCAAGAACGGAUCUGAGAAACAAUGAGAAGAAACUGGCUUUGGACAUGGCAACCAAUGCAGCUUGUGCUUCCCUGCUGAAGAAGAAACAAAGUGCAGACGCAGUGCGAACAUUAAGCAAUGCAGAGGAAUACCUCGACGAUGAAGACUCUGAUUAGCUUUUUAUUUUCAUUCUGUCUUAAGAACUAUAACCUCUGUUGCCUAUGUCAUUCCCAGAUCAUAUCUUUGCUACUGUAAAACUAUGUUACUUCAUGUAUUUCAGUCUUCCAGUAUAGCAUAAAAAUAAGAGAAUGGAAUCAUUCUUCCCAAAGGAAAAACCUUCCUGUGUGCCAGAAGAUGCCACAUUUUAAGUCAGAGUUCCUUUGGACUCAUUCAAGAGAGGAAGAGUGAGGUUCCCGAGGAGAGGACCUUCCCUCUCUUACCUGUUGAGUGGGCAAGUGACAGUCUUCUAAACACACAGUUUCCAUCUCAGGCCUUCACAGCAAGUGCCUUGUGUCUCUGGAUUACACUCCUCAAGCCUAAAGAGCCCUCUGGGCCAGCAGGACAGCACCACUGGCAUUACCCGUCUCCCUUGGUAUAGGUUCCUGUAAGCAGAUAGGGUAGUAUUGGCAAAGUCAGUACUAGCAGACAGGUGGGAACAGAGAUGCUGCUGUAGAAAGUGGCUGCCUUCUGCCUACAUGGAGCCAGAAAGACACAAAGGGCUUUGGGGAGAGGGGAGGUUGGUUUCUCACCCCCUACUCCUGCCACCCUCAGUAUAUGGGGUAGAAGGACAUGGGAUGAUCUGUCCCUGCUUGUCUUCCCUGCUGCUUCCCUGGGACCAAUCCUGAAAUGUCCCGCUUGGGUAGAAUGCUUGAAGUCAAUUUUGCUCGAGGAAUGUACUUAAUUUUGGACUCAGUGACUUGAUUAUAUUGCUUUUUGAAGUGCAUUAUGUUGAAACUAUUAGCAGGGAAAGGAAGACAGAAUAUUUUUUUUCUAUUUAUCCUGCCUAAAAUUUUUUUACUGUCUCUUGCUUUUAUUUUUUAAGUGUUCUUGUAUUUUGUCCUGUAUUACCUCAAAGCUUAAAUGUUUUUGAAG